AUAACUGCUUGUCAAAUCCCCAAUUCAGAAGCAGCGUAGCCUUAUAAACCCCAUAUUACAAAUCUUUGGUGCUCCGUAUCUUCUGGGUGUGUUUGGAAAUCUAAAAUGGGGGCAGGGCGUCAAGUAUCAAUAUCCCUAGAUGGAGUGAGAGACAAGAACGUGAUGCAGCUUACGAAGCUAAACAUUGCUCUCUUUCCUGUUCGUUAUAAUGAAAAAUAUUACGCUGAUGCCCUUGCUUCUGGCGAUUUCACCAAGCUAGCAUAUUACAGUGACAUCUGUGUUGGUGCAAUUGCAUGCCGACUGGAGAAGAAAGAAGGCGGAGCUGUCCGCGUUUACAUCAUGACAUUAGGUGUUUUAGCACCAUAUCGUAGGCUAGGCAUUGGUACAAAGCUGUUGAAUCAUGUUCUUGAUCUCUGCUCAAAGCAAAAUAUUUCUGAGAUUUACCUGCACGUACAGACAAACAAUGAAGAUGCCCUUAACUUUUACAAGAAAUCUGGAUUUGAAAUCACGGACACCAUCCAGAACUAUUACACGAACAUUACUCCGCCUGACUGCUAUCUUCUUACAAAACUCAUCACUCAAACAAAGAAAUAAUGUCACAGAGCUAGUAGUUCAGUGGAAACUCUGCUUUUUUUCUCCUAUUUAUUGAACUUUACCUUGGUUCGGUUGUACUAUUGAGGCUCCAUGGAUGCUACUGGUGAAAUGAUGGGUUAAAAGUUCACCAGCUAAAAUCCGUGGACCAAAUGAGUAGUUAUGGUUCUAAACAGUUAUACAAACUUUUUGUAGUCUUGUAUUUCUUUGAGGCUCUAAGAAGGGUCUGGCAGUUUAUAAGAUUCUGAUUGCUGUCUUUUAGACGGAUCAAAGAUCCAAUUACCGAAA